UUUUUUUUUAUUGUCUAACAAUAUCAAAAACGACAAUAUGAAGUACAAACGUAUGAAGAUGAAGAAUACUGAUCUUCUUUCAGCAGGAUCUAAAGUGUAUGAAAAGAAACGAAGAAUGAAAAAGGAAACGGUGGAAUCUAUAGAAUUUGACUUUGAUAAACGACAGGAAUUUUUGACAGGAUUUCAUAAACGAAAACUUGAACGAAAACAAAAAGCUCGAGAAAAAUUCAAAGAAAGGGAACGUCAAGAAAAAAUCAAGUUUCGUGCAGAAACCAAGGCUGAUAGACAACGUCAAGUGGAUACACGGAUGGCUGAAAUGGAGGCUGUAUUAAAAGGUGGACAAUCGGAUGAUGACGAUGAUGAUGAAAAUGAAACAGUAUUUACAGAUGGUGAAGAAGAGAAUGGAAAUACUAACAAAGGACCCAAGGUGAAGGAAUUCAAGUCUGCAAAAGCAAUGACGACUGUCACAGUAAUUGAAGAUUUGGAUUUGGAUGAAGAUUAGUUACUUUGAUUUUAUACUCAUUACUUUUGCAUAUUCUUUUAUAAAUGGAUGAUUCCCUUAUUUAUAUAUUGUACUUCAAAUUCAUAUUCAUGUAUCCAUUUUCCUUUUCAUUUUACUUUUUUAAUUGUAUUCUGUAUUUAUUUAUUUAUUUUUUUUAACAACAAAAUAAAAGGAUCAUUCUUCUUAUUACCC